AUGACUAGUAACAGCAAUAGCAACGAUCAGCACCACCCUGCCAUUGUGGAACUGAACGUCGGUGGGGUGCUAUACUCUACGACUUCUACCACCCUCACGCGGUACCCGAACUCUUACCUUGGGAAGAUUUUCACUGGCCGUAGCGAGGAGACAUUGCCUCGCGACAGCAAAGGGAAGUACUUUCUAGACAGAGACGGUGUGUUAUUUCGGUACGUUCUGGAUUUCCUGCGAAACCAGAGAUUGGUCCUGCCAGAGAACUUUCAGGAAAAGGAGCGUCUGAAACACGAGGCAGAGUAUUUCCAAUUACCAGAACUCACCAAAGGCAUUAAACAUGAUGUACAUGACGACCACGAGGACACAAUGGACCAUCACUCCCGGAUUGCUAUGUACAGUCGAAUGAGAAUAAACAGUCUCCCUGCCCCACUUCAGAGACAUUGGGGUUCUGCGGGCUACAUCACCCUGGGGUACAGGGGUACCUUUGCGUUCGGUCGUGACGGAUUAGUUGACGUAAAGUUCCGGAAGCUGACACGGCUCCUUGUUUGCGGAAGAGUGUCCCUCCUGCGAGAGGCGUUUGGGGAAACUCUGAACGAAAGUCGAGACCCCGACCGCGGCCCUGAUGACCGUUACACGGGACGCUUCUUUCUUAAGCACACGUUCCUGGAGCAGGCGUUUGAUAUGUUGGCAGAGGCAGGGUUUCAUAUGGCUUCUGGCAUGGCGUCAGGGACAAAUGGCGCGGAUGUCAAGCCCGGUAUGGAAAUUGAAGAAAGUCGAUGGCAACAUUACACAGAAUUCGUCUUUUACCGGGAACCCGGUGACCAUUGUCCUUAA